GCUCUCUCUUCUAAAGAGCCCCGCUUGGGCCUCCCGCCGCCGCACUUUCACUCUCCGUCCGGCCGUGUCCCAGCCGCCUCCCUCCUCCUUGUGUCCGCCGCUCGCCAGCCGCGCGCGACAUGGAUGCCAAGGCCGUCGCCGUGCUGGCCCUCGUGCUGGCCGCGCUCUGCCUCAGCGACGGGAAACCCGUCAGCCUGAGCUACAGAUGUCCAUGCCGAUUCUUUGAGAGCCACGUUGCCAGAGCCAACGUCAAGCAUCUCAAAAUCCUCAACACUCCAAACUGUGCCCUUCAGAUCGUGGCGAGGCUGAAGAACAACAACCGACAAGUGUGCAUCGAUCCGAAAUUAAAGUGGAUUCAGGAAUACCUGGAGAAGGCCUUAAACAAGAGGUUCAAGAUGUGAAAGGUGCAGGGCACGUCAGACACCUGUGGGAGCCUCACAGUGGGAGCCCAGGUCUGCAAAGCAGUGUUAGGGCAGGGGCCGGGCCAUCUGCAUUUGUCAAGGGCUUUAUUUUGCACUCUUUGCCUUACGUUCACCAUUGGAUUAUGUAGCAAAAUAUAUGGUAUUCUUUUUCAUGUAGUUUGAUUUAUCAGUGUCACUGGUGACAGGAAGGUCACUAUUCUACUUGCUUUACUAGAGUCUCUUUCCCACGGAGUCCCUAGUUGGCCUGGAGAGGCCUGAGUUUAUAUCUCUCUGAGCUGUGCAGGCCAGGACCCUGCAUGGAGGGACGCCCCAGCACCCAUGGUCGAGCCCCAGGAUGGAGAGCCAUGGGGGAGACCUCAUGGUGGGGUCACAGACCCAGGCAGUGCUCUAGUGAAGCCUGCCCUGUGCCCUGUGGGAGGGCAUUGGAGGGUGAGGUGUUAGGGGACGUUUCUCCAAAUAACAUCUGAGGCUUCCCUGAGCUGAGGCCAGAGGGCGAGGCCAGGCUAGAGCCAGCAGCAGCUGGGCCUUGAGCUGUCAUCUCCAUCCCAUCAUGUUCUCGUCAUCACUGUUUCUCAUCCAUCAUCCUGUGUGUCUGAGACUGUCUCCCUGACCCUGCAAAAGGACUCUUUCCAGACCAAAGCUUGCAUUUAAACUGAGCACCGAGAAGCAGUUCAAAAUGCCUCAUCUUCCAGUCCUGAAAACAACCGUGCACAUCUCUGUCUCACGUGGAAUACUGUCUGUUGUCCCGUCCUGAGCUUUUUGUUCAAAUGUCCUCACCCCCCACCAAUGUCUCGGGGUGCUCGUACUGUCUGUUCUCUGCAUGCAAAGGCUGGGAGUGAAGGGAUCCCCUAGGGGUCUUGGGGCCCUAGUCCCCCUUAGGGCUGUGAUCCCUUUGGGUUGCCCUGCCUUGGUUUCCCUGAUGAUCGCAAAACCAUCGUGGAUCGCAGCACAAGGGAACUUGGUUUGCGGCAGCACAAUUGACCUGGAGGAUUUACCAGCUACAUGCCUGUGGUUGUCUGGAUAUCUUAACCAUCUUAAAAUGUAGAGUUCUGCUUUCAUUAUGCCAAGCCCAGCAGGGUUUAGGGCAUCAAAAGAAAAGAAUUCUCAACCCUUUUUUUUUAAGUGCAACCCAUAGAAGACUCAGUCCUGCAUAUGAAGUUUCCUUCCCAUUAAAAUUUAAUCCCAUCUUUUCCACCGUUUGGAAAGCCCAUCUUCUCUCCCCUUACACAAUGGCCCAGCCUUUCUGGGCUGUGUCAUGUCACUCCGUGCUGGCAGGAAGCUGCUGAGACAUCCAUUCUGGCAUUCCUCUAAGAAAACAAUGGCAUAUUUGGAAAAUUUGCUUAAAACCCUUAACGUUCAGGUUUCCCUUUGAGUGAGGGUAGCUUGUAGAGUUGCAUUAACCAUUUUUAAAAUUUCACUUUUUAAAAGGUAGGCACUUCAGGUUUUUGUUUGCUUGCUCUGUUUUUCAUUUGCUGUCAGUAAUACUUCCCCCUUUGUUUCAAAUAUGCAAAAUUAAGAAAGUGAAGAAAUCAAGGGCAAAGCAAGGAAAUGUAUUGGUUGAUAGAAUGCUGUAUGUAAAGUGUGGAAAGUAAGAGUAAAGUGAUCUUGACUGGUAGGUAUUCUUAGAUUUAAUAAUCUACGGGUCAUAAGUAACCUGUGUUAGGUUUUUGUUUUGAAUUGGAUCUUUAUGAUAAAGAUGGCAAAUCCAUCAACCAAAAUUUUCCCUUAAUUUAAACAAAAAUUCACAUCCUUAAACUGACUUUGUUAUAUUGAAAAUAUAGAGUAUGGAAAACCUUUCUUAGUUAUAAGGAUACAGGAGUGGUAUUAAAUCCCUGUUUGAAAUUAACCUGCCUCUACAAUGCUCCUAAAUUACACAGGAAAUAAUUGCAGUGGGGCAGUUAUUUUCCAGGUGAUCCAAGAUUUUUAAAAAUCUCUCAUGGAAACUUUGACAGCAUCUUCCCUUGGAAUCCGUGGACUCUCUGGCUCUGCAGAAAUAAACCAACCCUAAAUCUUGACUGCAGUCAAGAAUCAUUUCUGUUACUCCCUCCCAUAGGGAGGGGAAAAAAAAAAAAAGACGAGUAGAAACCGCAGGGAAAAUUCUUUGUGUAACAAUUCCUCUGCUCCCAGACCCACUUCUAAAUGGAGCCAGUGCUGCUAAAAGAAGCAUGCAUUUAAAUAAUCUAUUUGCAAAGGAAAAGGCACUCCGAAUUCCCCCUUUGGCUUUCAAAAUGCAAGUCAAGUGUAACAAGGAGCUGUUUCCCGGGGAUCUCAGGAAACAAAGAUUUCCCAGGGAUCUUUGUGGUCCCAGCGCUGCCUCUACCUGCCCUUCCCCAGGGCUCUGUGUCACCUCCAGGGCCUCCACUGCCAGCCUUUGCAUCGGGGGGUGGGGUGGCUGAGGGCUCACUGGCUUGUUGAGUGUUGGAAUCUGAAUCUGUGCCCGUGUCUUUGCACUGUUGUUUGUCCCGCUCUGUCCAGCUGCUGAGAUGUCGGUGAGGGGCUCAGGGGGGCCUCUGCUUUCCUGCCUGGUCCCCAGGGAUCAGCCUCCAGCAGAGGUCCCCCCUAAUGUAAAAUCCACAGAGCCUUCAAAGCCUUUUCUUUCAAUCAGUUUUGACCCUUCCGAGGUGUGAUUUUCUGAUCACAGCCCGGAGUGCUUGCCAGGGGGCUCCUUACCCAGGAUCUUUCCCAGAUGUGUGCCCUUUUCCAGCUGGGGGAGAUUUGUAGUAUCCCAACCUCCACACCUUCACUGCCCCACUGUGAAGGAGCCCCAUUCCUGCAAUAUGCUCCCUAGAAACCCCCAAGUCCCCUGUGCAGACCACGAACAUUGCCAAAUUGAAGAAACCAUGUAGAAAUCUUAUUCUGCCACCUCGCCGACUCUCAGCCUCUGAGCAGUGAUGGGUCCAGUGUUAAAUGUGAUAAAUACUGUAUGUUGUAUUUUUUUAAAUUGCAACUCCCAGAUAAUGUGAAAAUGGUCCCAGAGAAGGCAACUUCCUGUUACAGUGUGCUUUUUUUUAACAACUCCUUUUGAGACACAUUCUUACUUUGAAGUCAUAUCAAUGAAAAUAUGUAUAUGCACUUAUAAUUUUCCUAAUAAAGAUCUGUAUUCAAACAUAGUA